AAUAUGUUGAACGUGCUUUCGGUCUUAACAAUUUAUUAACAGUUGUCUCUCAAGCAAGCUCUGUUAGUGUGCUGUUUAAGCUUUUUGCCAACAAUAAAAGGAAAAUAAGCCAAGUAUCAAGGGAGUGAGAAAAAAAAAGUUAAUGAAAAAUUAUUGCCCAUCUUUAGGUUUGAGGGUGAAUUUAAAACAAACACAAAAAAGGAGCAUCGCAAAAAAAAUUAUUAAAAAGCAUCGGUGCCUGUGAGUCUCAGUGCAUGCUCGUGCAUUACAAGGAUUAUCAUUAUUUCUUUUCCGUUUUAUUUUUUUGCUCAUUUUAUACUUUCAUGAAAAAAAGAGACUCUAUUUAAUGAGUAGGAAGGAAUUUUUAAGUGAAUGAAUUUUUUAAUGAUAAAAAAUUGUAUAGCAAGCAGGAAGAAAGUGAGAAGUGGGUAGUGAAUUGCGAGAAAAAAAUUAUUAUUAUAAAAAAGGUGCAUUAAAAGUGUCUGCAGACAAGUUUAACAAAAGAAAAACUUUUUUUAUGAGCACAGAUACUUAAAGUUUAUUAAAUUCAACUCUCGUCUGUUUUAAUGUAAAUUAACAUACCCUCAUUCGUGUCUCAUAACAGCGAUAUAUUUUUUGACUAGUUAGGAAUUUUACAACGAAAAGAAAAGAGAAAAUAAUUUUUUUGUGUGAAUGUAAAGGAAUUCCACAGUGAAAGUGUUAAGAGGAGUUUAAAUGGUUCUUGUCAACACGAAAUUAUGAGAAUGUACAGAGUGUAAUAAGAAUAUGCGUUAAAAAUUCCAAGAAAGGAGCCAAAAAAGAGAAACAAAGGAAAUACGGAUAUUUUGUUCUUCUGAGUAGCCUGGCAUAUAUCUAUUGCAAGAUAAAUGAAAGAAUAGUAUUGGCAGGAAAGAAAUCAACAUUGGCGAUAUUACAGCAAGACAAGAAUUUGAUCUAGACACAAAAUAGUCAAUAAGAAGGAAAAUACGAGGGGAGAAUAGACAGAAAAGAAUUGUCAUAUGAGGAUAUAAAUAUACAUACGAUAUAAAUACAUAGCAUAUGAGCAUAUAUAUUACUCCAUAGAAAAUAAGACAAAUAAGAAAAUAAUCUUUUAUAUUGUUAUUUAAAUGCUAAAGAAAUAUAGAGAAAUGUCAUCAAAUACAUAUCAGAAAAUUGCUUUGAUCCUAUUGGUCUUGUGCAUAGUUAGUCCAAUUGAAAGUCGCUAUGAGAGCAAGGAGCGAAAACAGGAAAAGUCAAUUGGAUCACAACAAAGCAUACAACCGCAAUUAACAAUUCAACAACAAGGAGUAUUAAGUUUGUGCAAAAAGGAUCGCACGCUUUCCUUCCUUUGCCACUGUACACCGGAUGAUGAAAGCAUUAAAGCUCAAAAAGCCGACUGUUGGAUUAUUAGUCAAAACAUAACACGCAAGGAUCAACAGUGGUUAGCAUUUAACUCACAAACCCAGUUGCAGCAUUUAAAGUUUUCAGUAUUUGCAAAUGGUAAUUUAACGUUUGUGCCAACUGAUAUCCUUCAGCCAUUGAAACAUUUGCGAACGAUAAACAUCGAGUACGGGCACAUCGACGAGAUAUACGGAUAUGCGUUUGGAAAUUUAACGCAAUUAAUGAAUAUUUCAUUGGCAAAUAACCGCUUAAAAGUCAUUGGUCAGAAUGCAUUCGCAAAUCAUCCACACUUACAUGAAAUCAAUUUAGAGCGGAAUGAACUUAAGGAUAUAAAUCGACGAGCAUUUGUAAAUUUACAAAAUCUAAAUCGACUCAAUUUCGAUCAUAAUUUAUUGGAUGUGAUACAAGAUGACACGUUCGAAGUAUUAGUAAAAUUAAGUGAAUUGUUAUUAUGCAAUAACAGUAUUAAUAAAUUGACACGAGGAAUUUUCAAGGGACUGGGGAACUUAAAAGUUUUGAACUUGAGUCAUAAUAAACUCAGCAUUAUCGGCGAUACCGUCUUUGCUGAAUUGUGGAGCUUACAAGAAUUGGAAUUGGAGCAUAAUCAGAUUGAUAAAAUUUCUGAACGAGCAUUUGAUGGCUUGAAUAACCUGCAACGACUCAAUUUGGAGAAUAACAAUUUGAAAUUGUUAGAACGUGGCCUCUUUACUGGUGUACCAGCACUGAUUUAUUUAAAUCUGAUGAAAAAUUCAUUAGAAACAAUAACAUACAACAACAUUUUGCCGUUAAUGGAUAAUUUGGUGAAUAACACGAACAGCAUUUUGGACAUAACAGAAAAUGAUUUCAUCUGUGACUGUCGAAUGACGUGGCUAAUCGAAUUGAAGAAUCAAACGAAAAAUGAGGACCUUCGAACCGCACUUGACGAUAUAGAAUGUUUACUAAAAAAGCCAAAGGAUCCAUACCACAAGACAAAUAGGAUUGACCAUAACACUAUUGAGCAUCCAAACAUUCAUGUAGAAGAGGACGAACCUGAGUAUUAUGAUGAUGAGCCAGAUGGUAAAACAGUAAGGCUAAUGCAAUUAAAGCCAUCGAAUUUGACAUGUCCGGAAGAGAUGAGUGAUCCCACAGAGCUGCCACUAUCGAGAGAGUCGAUUGGCUUUGACAUGAGUUGGGUUAAAGUUGUUGCAUCGUCAAGAUCGUCAAGUAGUCUGCCAGUUUCAAUUAGUCGCCUCCUUCUCAUCCUUCUAGCCUCGACAAGCAUUUUUAAAUUCUGCUGAAUAAUUUAAUGAGCGAAUGAAAAACAUACACAAAUGAGAAACUUAAAUUUAAUUUAAAAAUCUUCUUCUUUACUUCUCUUUACUUUCUCAUCCUCUUACUCAUUUUCAUUUUUAUCAUCAACGUCUCUCACUCCCUCACUUUUCAUUGUUUAAUUUGCAUUUUCUUGAGUUAAAUAUAUAUUUUAUUUUUUAUUCUCUCUUAUUUUAUCUGUGUGUGCUUACUAAAGAAUAGAAAUGAUGCAGGAAAGGACUACAAAGUCUUCUUGAUAUUUUCCUUUUGCAUUUCCCACAAUUUUUCACUCUCUCCAUUCUUGACUUAUAUAAAACAAUUUUCAAGUUUCCCCUUUCAUCAACUUUAUCAUCAUAAAAGUCUAUGUUGGAAGCGAAAUAAAAAAAUAAUGUAAAUAAAAUCCAAAGAUAAGCAGAUAUAUUUCGUUUCCUUCUCCGUUAUCUCAUACAAUAAUUUUUAAUUUUAUGUCCGAAUAGCUUUUCUAGAAUUAAAAAGAAAUCUUAAAGAGAGUUUGCUGUGCUUUAAGAUAUCCUCAAAAAAAAAUCGUCAUGGAAUUGAAUGAUGAGUUUUUGUCCCAAUUUGUAGAUUCUAUAGAAAUGUAACCUAAAUCUCGUAUCUCGGUAAUCCUUUUUUUGUUUUGAGGCAAUUCUUCUUCUAAUUUCUAUAUGCAAAUUUUUGUGUCAUCUGAAAAUCGAUUUUUUUUUUCUAUAGUCAUUCUUCAUGAGAAUUUGUUCAAACUUCAAUUUCCUAUAAAUUUUGUCUGUUCCUUUCUUUUUCGGAACUAUUAUGGAAAUUACAUGAUGGGGAAAAAAGUUUUCUUGUCGAUAACAUUUUCUUGUUGCUUUCAGUUUGUUGAACUGAUUUGGUAAAGCCAUUAAUUUGGAAAUAAAAAGAACAAGUUGAAAUUUGCAUUUUUAAAUGAUAGUUAAGAAAUUAGACGUUGAUGUCUCAAAGUAAAGCAAAAAAGACAUUUCAAAUUAAACUUGCUGUAUUGGAAUAGUUUUUGUUCAAUUCUAAAUACUUUUUAAGUUUCUUGCAACAAUUUUGGAAUGAUUCUUCAGAAAAGCGAUUUAUAGUGACGAGAGUUGUGUUUAAGUAAUCGUAUUCGGUUUAAGCAAUAUUAAAGAACAGCUCAAACAAAAAUUUUAGAAGAGGAUGCAGAAACUCUCGAGAUCUUGCAGUUAAACUUGUGGUAACUGUUAACCACAGAAGCAGAAUUAAUAGUAAAGCAAUAAACUAGUUAUUGCUCUCUGCUUUAAUCAUAAUAAGUUAAACAAAGGCAAUCAAAUUUCGAUGACACUUAAAACUUGUUUGAAUUUUCCAGAGCUGUUGAAUUUAAAAUUUCUAUAGAAAAUAUGCCAAGGUUUCAAGAAUACAAUUAGUACAGUACACUCAUCUCAAUCUUUGUGGUUUAAAUCACUAAGCACUUGAUUUAAGAAUUCUUUUUUUUCUAGAAAAGUAUAUUAAAUUUUGAAGUAGUUUAGGAUAACAAAAAUAAAAAAUAAUAAAUACACGUGCUCUGCUAGGAGAGGUCGGAAAAUUGAAUUAAAUUAUGUUUAAUAUAAAGGCAAUGACCUAUUGGCUUAGUACUGAAGAAUAUACUUAAAAGAUAAGUGCAAACUUUAUUCUUUUUUAAAUAAAAAUGACAAAAAAAUAAGACAUAAAAUUCUAAAAAAAAAUUCAAAAGAAAUUUGUUUAUACAAGAAAAACCAAAAAUGGAAGUAAAUGACACAAAAGAUUCAAUUUGCUACAUUUUUUGAAAUUUAUGUCAACAAGAUUUAAUUUGGCUUUGACAAUUUUAGUUAAACCAAGUUCCAGAUAAUACUCUUACAUACAUAACAUAUAAGCUAUCAUCCUUGAUUGUAAAUAAAAAAUGUAUUUGAGAGCUAAAAUUUGUUUUCGUUGAGAUGCAGUGUGAUUGGACAAGUAUGAGGAAUCAAAGUCCUUUUAUCAUCUCAAUGCAAUCGAUUUCAUUAAGUUCAUUGAAUUUUUUAUGACAGUCCAGCAUGAAAAUGAAAAUGAUUUUUUGCUCUCAAAAGGGAACCUUGUAAUUUACAAUUUUGCUAGAUUUGGAGAAUUUGCAGAUGUGCUGAAACGGUCAAAAUAAAGAAUGAAUAAAUUGAUUUUUAUUCAGUCUGAUUUUUUUCUUGACUGCUAAGUGGCAUCUGCAUUACAAUUAGGUGCUUAUCAUGAGACUAAGCAUGUCACUUAUCAACAAAAAAAAUGAAUGGACGUUUCUCGAAAUUCCUAUCAAGUCAGUAAAUUGCAAAACAUCGUGUUGAAUUUUUCAAAUCUAGUAAGUUCCACUAAAAUUGAUAAAAACUGAAAAAUGAGUAAAAACCAAGAAAAAUUGUGACAAAAUCAAAAGAAUAAUCAAGAAGAACGAAUUUAUAAUAAAUCAUAAUAAAUAAAUAAACACAUAAAGGAACUCCAACCAUCAUUAAAAUGAAUGUUAUUAUUGCCGAAAAAAAAAAAUCCGUGAGUUUUAAAAAUGAAAUUAUCAACUAAAAAAUUAACAUAUGUUAAGCAGCAAAAAGAGAAAUGAGAAGGCGUAAAAUAUGUAAAUAAGAUAAAAGCCGUUAUGAAGACUUACGUGUACCUUUCGCAUUAAAUGAAAACAUAAAAAAAAUAUUAAAUCGCAUUAUAAUUUUCAGAAAAAUAAAUUAUUGUGAGUUAAGAUGAAUAAACAAAAUAAUUUUUAUAAAUGAAACGUGGAAAAAUUUUUCAAAAGAGGAUUUUCUUUUAACGAGAAUUUUCAUUAACAAAGAUUUUACGUUUUAAUUUUUGUUAGAAAGAUUUUCGUGUGGGUGAUUUUGAAGCAGCUUUUAAGCCUUAAAAACUUGACAAAAUAAUUCAGAAUAAUCUUUAGAAUCGGAGAUAAUCUUAGGUUCCGUGAAUUUUGGUUGAAAACAAUUUUUUCCUUCAAGAUUAAUUUCAGAUGAAAUUCUUCUUGACUGUUUUUGAUGAACUUUUGUAAAUGAAGCUAGAAAUUUCAUUUCUUUUAAUUUGUAUUUAUCUGGCGAUUUUAUUAGUUCAGAGCAGAUUUAACUCUGAAUUCUCUUUAUGAUAAACGUACUUCUUGCUAAGAAACUCAUACAACUGGAUCUGCCUAGACCCAGACACACUGAAACCCAAACACAUUGAGACAAUUAUCGUCAAAAAUAUCAUUAAAGUCAUUUAAGUUUUUCCCAGAAUUUUAAAAAUUAAAAUUUUGACAGAUUUGACUAUAAUUGAUUUCAAAGAUCGUCAAGUCUUUAAGAAUUAGGUCUUAAAAGGUUCUGCAAAAUCUGCUUCAAUUCUCACUUAAUAAAAAAAGUUUAAUUUGGAUAGAGAAGGAAUUUUCAGUUAAUUUUCAUGUUUCUCAAUUAACUUUCUUAGACAUUUAAAUGAAUCGCGCCUAAUUUGACUCAUAACAGACUGGUUGUUGAAUGUUAAUUGUGAAAUUUAAAUAUAAUACGAAAAAAAUGUGCAAAAAUUUAAAAAAAAUAUAAAAAUGAUUUUUUUACACUCCCUAAAAUGCUAUUUUUGAAUACAAAAAAAGAAAUUCGUAUUAUAAACUAAAGAAGAGAAUAAACGCUGCAUAACAACUCUUUUUUAAUGUUUCUAAUUUUAGUUAUUAUAAUAUAGGAAAUUGAGAAAUAACUCUAAUGUUAAGAUAAGUAUACACAUUUAAGAUACAGACACGGCAUGCAAAACUGAAUUUUUUUUUCAUCACAUUUAACUGAAGACGAUCAUUAAAUAACUUUUUUGAUUUAAUGAAGACAAAGAAAUAAUUAAAAUAAAAGAAAUAUAAAAUUGUAAGUAAGAUGAUGAUGAUAAGGAACUUUUAAAUGAAAUAAUAAAAU